GCGUGGCUUCCAACAACUUGGCGGUAGUUUACGGAGAAGUGUCGUGAAGUUAGGUUGUAGUGUUGGUGUUUGUUGCUUCAGUGUUAUGUCGAAGUGGAAUUUUUCUGUCAGGUGCUAGUGUUGCGGCCAUUGGCGAUGCCUGUCGCUGACCUCUCGCAGUGGUAUAAAAGUAAACAAAACAAUAUCCUGUUUCGUCCUAGCGAUCAAGAUGCGGCAAUUAUGUUCUGCGGCGGUCUUCCUACAGAUGGCAGUACUUGUGGUCGGCACGCAUACUAACAACGCUACAGAACAGCCUGCACCGCCUUUCAAGUGUUUCCACCAACCACUCUCAGCUUGCAACGCGGAUGGAUGCAAAUAUUUAAAUGAUUUACAAGAUACUGCCGUGUGCUGCCAUCUCAAGCAGUUUGAAUUCAAAGAGAGAAUAGCGAUACUACAGCAGAACAAGAAUCUAACAAGACUGCAUAUCAUGGGUGUCACAGUGGAUGAGCUAAACAUGAACCUGUUCUGGUUGUCAAACCUGGAGUCUCUGGCAUUCACUGAUGGACGGGUAACGAGAGUCACGCGGCUGAACCACACCAACUUCACGAACCUCACAAACCUCAAGUGUCUCAAUCUGUCUAGCAACCACAUCAUAGAAGUUGACAGUGGCAUUGCACGGGAACUCCCAAGCCUCAUACAGCUAGACCUAUCAAACAAUAACAUGACAAACUUCUCAUUUGAGCUUACAGAAAACAGUAGCAACAGUUCUGACUCACACUUUUGGCUCGACAUAUCGAAUAACACGCACCUUUGGUGUUCCAACAUAACACAGCUCAAGUCUGGUGUGCGUGAUACAUGGAACCUUCACAUAAUGAACCUCAAUCGAACUAUGUGCAUGGUCCAGAGAGAUGAGUACUGGUUCAAAUUUCAGGAGACGAUUCUCUUUAAGCAUAUUGGAGAAGUUGAACAGGUGGAAGAAGACUGCAAGAAGACUAAUACUCCAUGUACAUGUUUACCAUACCGCUAUUUGUACACAUCUGUGUAUCAGAACCGUGACUCUCUGACUAUCAGCGUCAACUGUUCAGGGAAAAACCUUACAUCCCUUCCCGAUAUCCCACCCCACACCAUUGUUCUCAACAUCACCAACAACAAAAUUACGAACCUGAAGCGAAUCAGAACUGAUCCGAACUACCAAGAACUUCGAGAACUACAUGCAGAAAAUAACCAGAUCGUGUCACUGCAUGAAAUUGAAGCCUCUAAUUUUAUUAAGAACUUUCAGGUCCUUGAUAUUAGAGCAAACAAGUUGACUGAGAUAGAAACUUAUAUAUACAAUAAUGCCUUUGAAUUUGAUAAUAACAAGAAAGUGAAACUGGCUGGAAACAAAGUUAUGUGUGACUGUAAUACUGCUCAGCACGUCAGGAUGUGGCUUUUGAAGAAUCGAAAACAUAUUGAAGACCACAAUGAAAUCCAGUGUGAAAAUUUCAACGAUAAGGUGAUGGAUUUGGAUCAGAAUAAGGUUUGCACAUAUCCUCGUGUGUGGACGGACUAUAUCAACUACAUCAUUGCAAGUGAGGUUGUAUUACUGCUGCUCCUUGUCAGCAAAGUUUCUUAUGACUACUGGGUAUUCCGUACUGCAGGCUACCUGCCUUGGCCUGCCUCCAAGAUGCCUAAGAUGCCUUGUGACUGGGUGUUUGAAACUUGAACAAUAUCACGUGUUAAUAUUUUAUUCCAAUUAUGUUAUGUGAUCUGUGUACCAGUUAGGUUACAGCAGAUUCCAUAAAAAUGAUGCUGUAGAUCUCAGGUGUGGUUUUUUUAUUUUUCUGGUGAUAUGCAGAUAUGGACAUAUGUGUGAGUGAGCAAUGGAAUAUUUUUGAAGGUGAUUACAAAGUUGGUUAAAACGAAAUGCUGAAGUGGUGACACAGAUCUCAUUAUUCGUUCUUGUGCGGUAAGGUGUAGAAGCAAAUAUGGAAGGAAGUACCUGAUAACUUCUAAUAAAUAUAACUGGAGAGAGCUCGUUUCAGCUGUUAGAAACUGUUCAUAGGAGCAUAUAUUAGUGAUAUAUGAAUUCUUGCAUAAAUGAGAGAGAGAUAGAAGUGUUGUGUGAAUUCUUAAACAGGAGCUGUCGGAAGUGACAUUAUGAUUACUGCAUAGGAGAGGAUAGAUGUGGUGUCUGAAAUCUUGGAUAAGAGAUAUAAGAGAUGUUUGGAUUCUUGCUUAGAAGAAUUCAGAAGUGGUAUGUGAACUACAGCAUACAAGCAGAUGUAAGUGAUGUUUGAAUUCGUGUGUAAGGGUGGGCAUAAGUGGUGGAGUUCUUCAUACGGGAAUAUCUCAAUUCUUGCCUAAUAUCAAAUGCAAGAGAUGUCUGCCAUGUGUAGGAGAAAUCAAUCUUGCCUAUGGAGAAGCCAUAAGUGAUGUUUAAAUUCUUGUAUUGGAGAAGACUGAAAUGAUGUCUGAAUGUCUUACUAUCAUUAGUUUGCCAUCUGAGGUAUCAAGAUUGAAGAGUCUAUGAUAAAUCAGUCAUGACACUCUCUGUCUUGUUUUCAAAUAAGUUAUUUGAAACAUAUAAUAUGUAUAAGUAUGUAUAUAUUUUAAAAAAGUAUACAGGUGUGAUUUUUUUAUAAAUCAGAUGUGAUUAAAUGUCCAAUUUAUAAGUGACUUGUUGAAAAUAAGUAUUUUUACAAUUUAAAAUGGUGAUAUGAAUGCUAUAUGAGUUACAUUACGCAGGGUAGAAUGCAGAAUAUUGGGUGUCUUGACCAUUAAGUGGCUUAUUUUGCAAUGUUGGCUGUUAUGCCUUGUGAUAUGCUUUUUGUAUUACUUACUGUAGUAAUUUGGAUACCAUUUUCCAUAGACAGAAUGGAAUUUUAUUUAACAUGGGUAACAUGUGACAUUGCAUCUCAUAGAUGGAAAAUCGUGAUCCUGCACAUUAGUUUAGGGUUAAAAUUGAAGUUCUAUGAAGGAGAUUAUUGGAUUUUGUGUUGGAAACAGAAGACAUGAGCAGUUAUAUAUGUUCCUUAAUUUAUCGAAAAAGGUUUUUGUUUUAUCUUUGAAAGAAAUGUGUUCCUCUAUUUAUCAAGAACAAUAUUUUAUCUUUCAAGGUGUAUGUUAAUGCUAAAGGUCACUAUCCUUAAUUAGAGUUGAUUCCUAGUUUGAACAUAUUUAUAAUAAUUUUGCUGUAAUCUCCAAGUGAAUGCUCAAGUGACUAUUAUGUUCCUUUCUUUCUUUGUGGGUGGGACGUGUGUGACCAGCAUGAAGCGGAGAAAGUUGAGAACCACUGGCCUAACAGAAAGCUGAGUGAGAUAUGUUUGCUAAUAAUGAAAAGGUUAUAUUUAACGAGUCUAUUAUAGCAUCAGCUGCUUAUGUUACUGCAGUAUGUUAACAUUGUACUUACUGGCCAUGUUUACAGUUCUGUUAGUCAUUAUUGGCCAGUAGCGUUCCUCAUUUCUUCAUCACUUUUAAAUUAUCAGGCAUGUUUCAUGCAGCUUUUAUGAAUUAUAUAAAUUUUAUAAUUUUAUGAAUUAUAUAAAAUCACAUAUAAAAGAAGAUUAACUGAAAAUGUGAUUAUUCUUUUUAUGGUACUGCACUAACUUUGCCGACAAGUGGCAGUUGCUUGGUUAGAAUUUGAACAGGGGUUUAAUGUAUAUAUAUUUUCUUUACAUUAUUUGUUAAAUAUUCAUAAAAAUUACUUUAGAGUGAAGAUGUGUCAGCCAAUCCAAACUGAGCUGAAAAAGUACACUGAUUAUAUUACAUAAUUUAGCUGACUUAUGUAGUCCACAUGUUAAAAAGAAAGAUUUGAUUGUGAAGAACUAUAUUCUAUACUACUUUAUUCUUUUUGGCGUUCUGGCUUUAAUUUAUGAUUAAAUUGAUAAAUGUGAUCUAUAUUGCAGAUACAGUCAUGAAGUAUGUUUUAUGCUUUCACUUACUUAGUAAUGUGUUACAUACCUUUGUUAUUACAGAAUGUCUGACAUAGAAAAAUAAAAAUCAGAUAUUUUAUGUUAAAGAAGUUACUGAAAAAUAAAUUUUGUUAUUUAUGAAUUUUAAA